AUGGACGCGUGCCCGCACUUCUACGAGCCGUACGACGCCGUGGACGUUCUCAGGAACAGGCACGCGUGCACCAUCGUCGCGUCGCUGCUCCGCGAGAACCUCCCCAUCGAGUACCAGCGGGAGGUGCUUCGGAUGCCCGACGGCGGGCAUGUCACCCUGGACUGGCCAAUCGCCCACUGGCGAACGAUACCCGACAACGCCCCGGUGCUCAUCCUCAUGAGCGGCAUAGCCGGCGGGUCGCACGACAAGUACCUCAAGCACUUCAUGCGCAGGGCGGCGAGGUGCGGGUACAGGUGCGUGGCGUUCAACUGCAGGGGCACCGCGAAUUCGCCCCUCACCACCCCCCAGUUUUAUUCCGCGUCGUUCACCGGCGACGUUCGCGCCGUCGUCGACGAGAUUCACGGUCGAUGGCCCGAAGCGAAACUCUUCGCCGUGGGGUGGUCACUGGGCGCCAACAUCCUGACCAACUUUCUGGGCGAAGAGGGCGAGAACGCGAAACUCGCGGGCGCGGUGGCCAUGUGCAACCCCUUCGAUUUGAACGCGUGCGACGCCGCGCUUCAAAACGGGUUCUUCGGCACCGUGUAUUCUCGCGCGAUGGCCAAGAACAUGCGCGCGCUGUUUGCGCCCCACGAGCACCUGUUCCAGGGCUUGCCAAACUACGACAACGUUUUGGUGGCGAACGCCAAGACGGUGAGGGACUUUGACGAGGCGGUGACGCGUGUGACGUUCGGCUUCGAUUCCGUCGACGCGUAUUACGACGCGUCCAGCUCGAGGCUAUCCAUCGGCAACGUCGGCGUGCCUCUUCUCGUGGUUCAGGCGAAGGACGACCCCAUCGCCGUUGCGGACGCGGUACCCCGGGACGUUAUCAAAGAAAAGACGACGCCCGGGCUGGUCGUGCUCGUGGAGACGGAGAGCGGCGGGCACCUCGGGUGGACAGCGGGAUCGGAGGCGCCGUUCGGGUCUCCGUGGCCGGAUGCGGGCGCGAUGCAAUUCUUCGAGGCGUGCAGACGCGGGGUCGGCGCGACUGACAUCGGAAACCAAUCGGACGGUCAAUCGGCGGGGUCUGUCGACGAGGCGGACGGGAAUGCCGACGUGGAGCGUAGGGCCGAGGUGGAGGCGGACGUGGCGGUGGAGGCGCCCGCGCGGUGA